GAAAGUGUGGCGAAGGCAAAUGUGGCGGCACAAAGUCAGACAAAACAUCAGCCGAGGGUAAGUGCGGUGAGGGUAAAUGCGGCGGGUCAAUGAAGACACAUGCCGAAGGUAAGUGUGGUAAAGGUCAUGCUGAAGGCAAAUGUGGCAGUGCUAAAUCUGGAACACACCAAGCGAUGGCUGGUUUAGGCUUUCGACGUGGCUUGAUUGAGCCUAUGAAUCAAGCUAAGUUGGCAGGAGAGUUAAAAGUUGACUUUUUUGAAUUGGCGCCUGAAAACUGGAUUGGUGUUGGAGGCUAUUAUGGCCGCAUACUUGCACAGUACACAGAGCAAUAUCCUUUCGUGGCACAUGGGUUGUCGUUAUCGCUAGGCGGGAUAUUACCCAUCGAUGUCGAACUGGUGAAACAGGUUGCACAACUCAUGCAACAACAUCAAAUUGAGGUUUACAGUGAACAUUUGAGUUAUUGCACCGAUGAUCGUGGACACCUUUAUGAUUUGUUGCCAAUUCCAUUUACGGAAGAGGCCGUACACCAUGUCAGUGAACGCAUUCAACAGGUGCAAAAUAUCCUCGGUAAGCAAAUUGCUAUAGAAAAUGUUUCCUAUUAUGGCGCACCGUUUGCUCAAAUGACUGAGCAAGAGUUUAUGCUAGCUGUUUUAGCGAAAAGUGACUGUUUACUCAUGUUGGACGUCAAUAAUGUGUAUGUGAAUCAUAUCAAUCAUGGUACGGAUCCGCAUGCUUUUAUCAAAGCGAUGCCGGCUGAAAGAAUUGUUUAUUUACAUAUGGCUGGGCAUUAUCAGGAAUCAAACGACUUACUUAUUGAUACCCAUGGGGCGAAGGUCUGUGAUUCGGUGUGGUCAUUGCUUGAUUAUACUUAUCAAUGCCAUGGCGUGAAGCCAACUUUACUUGAGCGCGACUUUAAUUACCCGCCAUUGGAAGAGCUGUUAAGUGAAGUGAGCGAUAUUCGAGCACACCAAGCUGUGCGUCACCACCAACAGACGUCGGUUGCCGCA